CCGCGGAGCGGCCACUUCCUGCCGGCGCGUUUUUGGAUCCGGGUCAGAGGGCAGCGCUCAGCUGGAGGAGCGUUUGUUUGCUUCCGGCCCGCGCUGCCCGCGGGGACGGCGGAGCCGAGCGGAGGCUGGGGUAGCACCGCGCCGCCGCCCCGGCCGCAAGGCCCCGGCUCCUGCGAGCGGCGGGCGGAGCCGAGCGGAGAGGGGGGGCUGCUUGGCACCGCUGGCGAGCCCCAGGCCUGGAGUAAAAGGAUACAUGUUUGCUUUCAGUAAAGAGCAUGUUCCCAAAUUCCUCCAACUUGGGUCGUCCACCCUUCCCUCCAAAACAUCAACAACACAGUAACUUCUUCAAUAAGCUUCCUCUAAACAUACCACCUACUCUUCUCUCUCACCAGCAAAUUAUUGAUGCUCAGUUUAACUUUCAGAAUGCAGCUCUUUCUAGGGCUCUGUUGAGUGGGAACCUUGCAACUCUUCCAGCUGUUACGCCUCAGCCAUUGACUUAUGGAAAUGGCAGUCCAAUACAUACAUCUGCUGCCCCUACGUCAUUCCGAGGAAGAAAGAGACUAAGUGAACAAAAUGUUCCAUAUGAUGUUAAACGGCAGCGGUUUCAUUCGCCUCAUCGCGAAACAACUGUAGUUAACCAAACAGUGCCUUUACCAGAAGAACGUAGAUACUCCUUCCCAGGAUCAAUUCCAUCUCAACUGUUUCAUGCACAUUACGUACCAGAUUUAACUGGAUGUGUUCCUCCAUUACGUGACGCUUCAUUUUCAGACCCUAUAGAGACCACGCUCCCUGUAGCCAAAGAUAAGUUAAGUCAGCAGGUUUUGGAGCUGUUUCAAGCGUGUCAGCAACAGACCUGUGAUUUGAACAGAAAAGAACUCUGCAGAACAGAACUCCAGAGGGAAAUUCAGCGAAUUUUUCCACAGAGCAGACUCUUUUUGGUUGGAUCCUCACUGAAUGGCUUUGGCACUCGUAGCAGUGAUGGUGACUUGUGCCUCGUGAUUAAAGAAGAGCCAGUAAAUCAGAAGACUGAAGCAAGACAUAUACUCAGCUUAGUCCAAAAACUCUUCAGUUCUAAACUUUCAAGCUACAUUGAGCGACCUCAGCUGAUUCGAGCAAAAGUGCCAAUAGUGAAGUUCAGGGAUAAAGUCAGCUGUGUGGAGUUUGACUUGAAUGUAAACAAUGUUGUAGGAAUAAGAAAUACAUUCCUUCUGAGAACCUAUGCAUACAUUGAGAAUCGAGUUCGUCCAUUAGUACUGGUUGUUAAGAAGUGGGCGAGUUUUCAUGACAUAAAUGAUGCCAGUCGUGGUACUUUAAGCAGCUAUAGUCUUGUAUUGAUGGUUUUGCACUAUUUACAGACCCUACCUGAACCCAUCCUUCCAUCCCUCCAAAAAAAUUACCCAGACUCUUUUGAUCCUACUAUGCAGUUGCACCUUGUUCAUCAAGCCCCAUGUACCAUUCCUCCUUACCUCUCAAAAAAUGGAUCAAGUCUUGGAGAUCUGCUAAUAGGCUUCUUUAAAUAUUAUGCCACAGAAUUUGAUUGGAGCCAUCAAAUGAUUUCGGUUCGUGAGGCCAAAGCUAUUCCAAGACCUGAUGGUAUUGAGUGGAGAAACAAAUUUAUUUGUGUGGAAGAGCCUUUUGAUGGGACAAACACCGCCAGAGCUGUACAUGAAAAACAGAAGUUUGACAUUAUCAAAGACGAAUUUAUGAAGUCUUGGCAGAUAUUACGAGACAAGAAAGACUUGAACUGUGUAUUACCUUUAAGAACAACAAUACAGAAAAGAUAACCGACUUCUUUCAUUUCCUCCUUAUUGGAUCCUGCUGAAAUAAAGAACAGUAUCAAAAUCAAGAUGCAGUUACCCCAUGGUUUUUUUAUGACGUGUUUUUCUCUUUAAACUUUUGUUAAGGAAAUCUUUAUAAGAAAGAUUGCAUAUUUUAUUAUUGACAUUUGUUAAUACAGCUGUUCAUUCAAAGAUACGUUUUCUGAAAAUGCUUACAUUGUUGACUUCUAGAAGAGACCGUUGUGACUCAAAAAGCAGCCCACAGGAAUAAAUCCAUUUUAAGGAAAAUAUUGGAAUAUAUUGACUAGUUGUUUCCAUAAUCUGUGUAAUCAGUAAUUCAGACACAUUUAACCAUGAAAUAAAGGAAUUCAGAGCUAAACAAUGUGCGAGUCUGACUGUAUCCUUAAGGCAUUGCACACAAUACACACUUUAGUGAACAGACAGCCUGUGCUUUACAUCUGCUUAACGCAGUAUGCACUUUUGCUCAACUUGGCACCUUCCAAUUUUAUUUCCCUUUUACAUGGAACAACAAGCAACAGUUUAUGAAAAUUAAACUAGAUUAUAUUUGGUAGUGUUCUGGAUACCAGGAACUGUAAUCUAAACUGGAAUUUUCAAGCAGCAGAUCUACUACAAAGAAGUUGAAAUAAAAAAUGACAAAUCAAUAUAUGUAAAUACUUCGUAUUCACACAGAGUUGUCCAGAUAACUUUUAGUGCUUCCUUUUACAUAUUUGAAAUAGUAAUGUCUGCAAACAAACACUCCCCCCCGCUACAAUAAGCCGGGCUUUUGUUUUAAUUUUGUGUAAAUAUUUGUAAAUUGGUCAGCUACUGUAAAUUAAAUUUAAAUAAUCUUGAGAAUUUUAGCUUUUCCAAAAAAAGUUGUGAAACUUCUUUUAGACCUGCUGUAGCACAGUUUGUGCCUCUCAUGUAUUUGUUAUUGAAGACCAAUUCAUUGUUAAAACUGUACUUAUCAUUGAUGUCAAAUUCAUAUUUUCAUUUUUUUAAGUUUAAUAUUUUGUAUGGUGUCCAGUGGAAUAAAGUUUAUAUGGAAAAUACAGCUCUUUUUUUCUAGCUUGAUGUUACUUUGUAUUGGAUAUUUUAAAUAUUUGCUAUUUCCUAUAACUGUGUAGAAAAGGAAAUGCUACGUAUAAGUCAAGGUCCUUGUUAAAACUCAAACUUCUGUAUGGCUGUUUUGCACUGCACCUGAGUACAGGUAGACGUUUCAUCCACUGCUCUUUCUAAUGAAAUUCUGAAAGCCCUUAUAACAAUGUAAAAUAACAAGCAAUGUUUUUUCUUGUGCAGAUUUUAAGUUUUAAUUUUUUUCAAAUUUUUGAAUUUAAAGUUUAGAAACUGUAAACUUUUUGCCUACUGUGAGGUUACUUAGCACUCACACUUGAUUGUGAUCUAGUCUAUCUAGUAUUCUGGCUUGCUUUUGGAAAACAGCUUCCUUCUACACUUUAAACAGUCGUCUUGGUUUUAUCGGACUCUGGCAAUUCACAAAUAUGUUCUCAUUCUGUAUAUAUGUUCCCCCCUCUACCCACCCCUCUUAGUAAGGUGGUAGUCUUGGUCUCAAUGAAACAUUCACUUUAUAAAUGACCUGUUUUAUGUAAAAUGUAACCAAAGUUUUUAGUACAGAAUGAUGCCUGGCUUCUAACAUGCUCUGCAAGCCCUAGAUGGAUUUUUAUAAUAUGCUCUUUUUAAAAGGUGGUGGCUCUUUGUCUACAAAACGCUCUCUAAAUAAGAUAACUAGGCAGGGACAUGCAUAUUCAAACUUGGAAAAACUGCAUUUUGAGCAAGCCGGAUGUGAGGUAUGAAACUGUAUAUGUAUGUGUAUCCCACAAGACUUUGCAUCUGAGAACUUCGCAGCAGAAAGAAAAAUAAAUGCCACCUAAGGAGUUAACAUAUCCCACACUUUAAAUUAUUGUGCUAUGUUUGAAAUUGCUUCUUAACAUCUGUUUUAAAAUAAUUCUCUCAUUUUCCUGUAACGUGAUAAGUUGGCCUAUAGACCCACCAACUUGGUGUUCCUUUUAAUACAAGCCAAGAUCUGUAACUACAAUGGCCUGUGCAUUUAAAAAGAAUCUUAUUGCAAUUUUGUUCUUAAAUUCUUGUACUUUUGAUAAGCUCUAUAAUCAGAAACAUGAAGUGCAGAUGGUGAUUUUCCCAAAUGUAGGGGGACAGGCGUGUUCAUCAUAUCCUGUCUAAGGACAGAAAACCUCCUGGUAAUUCACAGUGUGUUAGCUAAGCUGCAGGUACUAUCCAAUGACAAAUGCAAGGUGAUGUGUCUUGGUUUAGCUGAGUGGCCACCAGAGUACUGCCAUAUUCCUGAGACUUGUUACAUAGUGGGCUGUAACUUUUGACAGAAAAUAUCAGAUAGAAUAUCACAAAAUGAAUUGUUUUGGGAUGGGGGUGGAGGUUCUACAUAGGCUGAAGAUGUUGAAAGAAAAUUUAAUGAUCUAGGUUUUUAUCUACUCUGGGCAGGUAACCAGAGUGAGGAAAUCCACUAAUGGCUAUCAUAAAAUCUUAGUGUUAAUGCAAAGUUUUCCCUUUCUCCUCAACUUCAAAAUAAAAACCUUGGUGUACUCCAUAUAGAGACUUAGGAAUAGUUUUCUGGAAGACCUUCUGUAAAAGCUCUGUUUUUUUCAUGGCUGACCGAGGUCUCAGUGUCUGUGUAAGAUGACAGCAUCUCUGAGGCUUCUCACUGACUUGAAGAAAAAUGCUUUAGUUCAGCUCUGUUAUUUUUUAGGAGCAGCUUUGGCAUCUGUUUCAUGUGCUGUUUCUCACUUUAUAUGAUGUCAGAACUUGCUAAUGUCUCAUAUAGGAUUUUAAGAACUCUCUUUUGUCCUCUAGCUGUGCUUUUAAUAGAGGCCCAGAUUUGUAUGGGGGAACCAAAUGACUUUGGGAGCAAGAGCAUCCCAUUUAAUAACUGUAGUACCAGAAUUGGCAUAGGCUGUGUAUUGUGAAACCUAGUUUAUCUUACCAAUUUCUUGCUCUUAGUUCUCCUUAGAUGUGUUUUGAACCAACUUGGGGAAAAAAAUAGCAUCAAAUGAAGCAUACAUAAUGUAGUCUGUAUGUAAAGGUGUUUUGAUGUUAUGAGAGGUUGUUUUUAAGAAAUCCUUUACAAAGAAUUCAAUGUAUAAUGGUUUUGAGAAACUGAAGGCUAACAUGGUGAUUUGGAAGAUAUAGGGUGAAACGUUUAUCCAGCAGCCAUAGUAAAUAGAUAGAAGGGGAACUGUAGUUAAGUUAAAGUAGCCUUUGUGAAAAGCAUUCUGGAUGCCUGUUUAGAAGCGAUGCUUUACUUGAACAUAGGUUUCUGGACGCAAUUCAUGGUAUAUUUGGUGUUAAAUUAAGUCUAUCAGAGAAUGUCACUCUUGAUCCAAUGGGCUGUUCUUCUUGCUUUGGGGAUCUCAUGUAUAUUCUGUAGAGUUCUUGUUUUCACUAGGAAUCCUGUUGAUCUGUUAAUCCUUGUAUGUACCGAUAUGCAUCUUCCACUCUUACAAGCAUCAUAUUUUCUGUAUAAUAAAUGUAAGAAGAGCAUGAAAGAGCAUGCUAUUUUGGUCUACUUACAAGACAAAUUAAGUUGUGAGAAAUACACCAGCUCUGAAAAUAACUUGAAUGCAUCCUGGUAAAAGGGUUGUCACCUUCCUCUUGUGUUGAAGAUUGAAUCAAAACUUGUGUCAUGUACAUAUUCUUCCUCUUUAAGCAUUUCUGCAAGACUGCACUACUGUUGUCUUCCAUAUGUAAGGAAUACCUUAAAUGCAAAAUCUCCAUUGUGCUGUGUUCCCUGUCGCUGUGCUCAUGAUAAAAUCUGGAGUUUAAUUUUAGUAUCCAUUUCUAGCACACUUGUUUAAGAAAUUAUGUUUUGGUGUAGAGUACGCCUUGUAAAUUGUGUGCUAUAGGCCCCAGUGGGUAGGUUGGGGAAAAAUGUUUUCUUUCUGUACAUGCUGUUUAGGAAAUAUUUUACAACAUGUAAAUUUGUCAGUAGAAUUUUAAUUUUGCAUUGCAGGGAAAGCUUGUGCUUGGAAAUAACAGCUCGGGUAUUUCCGUUCUUAGAAUUCCAGGACGGGUUUGCUGAUUGACUUACAAUCAGCCAUUUAUUUGAAGAUCCAAAAGAGGAAAAAUGGGAAUAGGGUUAUACUGUGUAUACAAUAUUUUAUACCUGAAAACAUUUGGAAGUUCUUUAUUUAUAAUCUGAGUCUGUGUCUGUUAUUUAAAAAUAAAAAAUAAAAAGGGGGGGGGGAUUUCUUUGGUUAGUACAGUUUGGAAAUGUUUCCAUUUCAUCUGUGAAAAGCACUGAAUUUUGUAUGAAAAUGGAGAACAAUAAAGGACAAAGGUGACUUAUUGUCAA